AUUGAAGCAGAACAGUUUUUCAUUUCCUUCCUUCCCUCUCUCGUCUCUCCACUUUCUCCGGUACGCUAACUAACCAUUAAACUUCAGAAUUCGGCAGUUAGGAAAAUGCGACAAUUACAGAAAGAGAUCAAAGAGAAUAAACAGAAAGAAAAUAGCAUGUAUAAUUGUAUUAAUGGAGAUCCCAAAGGAUUAAAAGCUCUUCUUAUUUCUUCUUCUAAUCAAGUUGAUGAUAUUAUCAGUGAUCAUGAAUUGGCUCUUCGUAAAGCUCAACUAUCAGCUGCAAGAAGGAAUCAAGCAGCAAGAUGGCUAAGGCAGAUGGACCAAGUAGCGAGGGACACACUCCUGGAAGACCCCUCCGAAGAGGAUUUCUGCUUAGCCCUCCGCAAUGGUCUCAUUCUUUGCAACGUCCUUAACAAAGUUCAUCCUGGUGCUGUCCUUAAGGUGGUGGAUAAUCCAGUGGUGACAGUGCAGUCACCAGAAGGAGCAGCACAAUCAGCCAUUCAGUACUUUGAAAACAUGAGAAACUUCUUGGUAGCUGUUGGCAAUAUGAAGCUCUUAACUUUUGAAGCUUCUGAUUUAGAAAAGGGAGGAAGUUCAAGUAAAGUGGUAGAAUGCAUUUUAUGUUUAAAAGGGUACUACGAAUGGAAACAAGCUGGGGGGAUAGGAGUAUGGAGGUAUGGGGGAAUAGUGAGGAUCACAUCUUUUACAAAAGACUGCUCAUCUUCAUCAGUAGGAAGUGAAAGUACUGAUGAAUCAUCCUAUUCUUCCUCCUUCGACGAAUGCGAAACCUUUCAAUAUGAGCACCAAUUGUUGGAGUUUCUUCAUCUCUCUGACAAAGUCUCCAAUAUCGAAUCUGAAGCCGCUAAAGCUUUGUGCUCUCUAUUUGAUCGCUAUGGCCUUAGCGUCCUACAAGCUUAUGCCAACGACAACAAUGGAGCUACGGAUUUUCCUAUGAAUACAAUGGUAAUUGAUACUGUGAUUAGGAAGGUAGUUAAGGAUCUCUCAGGAGUUCUUGUUUCUCAAGGUGUUCAGCUUGGGCUAGCAUUGAAGAAGCAGUUGACGGGCGAGACAGAAUCGUGUACUCGUGAAGAUUUCUUGGAAGCGAUUUCACAGUAUCUUAGCAGUAAUACGGCCUCUAUGAAGUCUAAUGAUGCUACGGAAUGUUGCAUUUGCGGAGGAAGAGAGGAAAACUGGCAUGUUAUAAGCAAUUCGACUAGCUACAAGGAAGUUUUGGAUGAACAACAAAAACAGCUUUUGGAACUCAAGUCAUCUUUCAAAGAGACGAGACUAGAAAUGAUCAACGCUCAGUUAUUGUGGAAUGAAGAAAUUGAAAAACUCGGGAAUCAUGUACAAAGCUUGGAAGUGGCAUCAUCGUCUUACUACAAGGUUUUAGAAGAAAAUCGUCAGCUCUAUAAUCAAGUGCAAGACUUAAAAGGAUCAAUUAGGGUUUAUUGUCGAGUUCGUCCAUUCUUGCAAGGGCAAUCCGAUGAGGCAUCAACAGUUGAUUAUAUCGGAGAAAAUGGAAAUCUAAUGAUCGUCCAUCCUCAUAAGCAAGGAAGGGAUGCAAGAAAGGUGUUUUUGUUUAAUAAAGUAUUUGGAACAAAUGCAACCCAACAGCAAAUAUAUUCUGAUACCCAAGCAUUAAUCAGAUCAGUCUUGGAUGGUUUUAAUGUAUGCAUCUUUGCAUAUGGACAAACUGGCUCCGGGAAGACAUACACGAUGAGUGGAUCUGAUUUAAGAGCAGAAGAUACAUGGGGUGUUAACUAUCGCGCAUUGCAAGACUUAUUUCAGAUAUCGAAAUCCAGGGUUGGCAUAAUCGAAUAUGAAAUCGGAGUCCAAAUGAUCGAGAUAUACAACGAACAAGUGAGAGACCUUUUAGUUGUCGAUGGCUCCUCCAAAAGGUUAGAUAUUCGGAACAAUUCUCAACUAAACGGUUUGAAUGUACCUGAUGCAUGUUUAGUCCAAGUGAACUGCACGCAAGAUGUUCUUGACUUGAUGCGGGUUGGCUUGAAAAACCGAGCUGUUGGUGCAACUGCUCUGAACGAAAGGAGUAGUCGAUCUCACAGCAUUCUAACGAUCCAUGUCCAAGGAAAGGAACUGAUCUCUGGAACCGUUUUGAGGGGAUGUCUUCAUCUGGUUGAUUUGGCUGGCAGUGAACGAGUAGAAAAAUCGGAGGCUGUUGGAGAAAGAUUGAAGGAAGCCCAACAUAUAAACAAAUCACUUUCUGCUCUUGGAGAUGUUAUCGCUUCGCUUGCGCAGAAAAGUGCUCAUAUUCCUUACAGGAACAGCAAACUUACUCAAGUCCUCCAAGAUUCUUUAGGUGGACAAGCUAAGACUCUGAUGUUUGUCCAUAUAAAUCCCGAAGCUAAUGCUAUCGGAGAGACAAUAAGCACGCUUAAGUUCGCAGAGAGAGUUGCCUCCAUAGAACUUGGAGCUGCUCGAGCUAAUAAAGAAACCACUGAAAUUCGGAAUCUUAAAGCUGAGAUCUCAAACCUCAAAUCGACAUUAGAGAAGAAAGAAGCCGAGCUUGAAAAUCUAAAAUGCGUUAAUGUAAGAACCAAUGCGGAAACUCAAAAACCGAGACCAGUUUCUCCAAUGCAUGUACCGAGGCUUGCACGAACACCAGUCGAGGAUAAAACCUCAGAGGUUAGAAGCCGUUCCCUGGGCAAGCAGAGGAGGUCGCAUCUUCUGUUCGGGUCUAAGGAAUCUGAUACGUCGAAGAUGCCCUUCAUAGCAGAAGAAAUGCUUGCAAAGCCUGGAAAUCCAAGGUCUCCUUCGCCUCCUGUGAGGAGGUCCUUAUCAACUGAUCGAGGAACUCUCAUCAGGAGUAGGCUUAAGCCUGAAACAACAGAAAAGCGUAUAGCAAAACUUCAGUAUCCAGCUAGCGUAAAUAAAUCUCGAUCUCUCAGCCAAGCUUCAGGAAAUCUAUUAGUUGACAGGCAUGACAACAGCCAUACGAAAGGCGAUAACAUACCAGAUCAAGAGAAUGAACAACUUAAGUCGGUACUGACUGUCAGGCAAUCAUCAGUUCGAAAAAACAAGCAAGAAACACACAAAUUUAAGGCUAAGAAUCAAUCAGCUACUAAGACUCCAAAAGAUGACGAUUUCACUUCGCUCACUGACAUUCAUGCAGGAGGAAAGAUCGAAGAGGGUAGAAAAAGUGAUUUUUCCGAGCCUGAAAAUGACAUCGGUGUGUUCAGCUCACCGGCCUUUAGCAUAAAUUCUAGGAUGAAAAAAUUACAGUCCAACUCCACUAGGAGUUAUCAGUAUCUCGAAUCAAGAGGACAGGCAAGAAUUUAAACACACAGCUUCAACACUAAAUGAAUUGAAAAGUUCGUCUACGACAGGCUGAGGAGAAGCUAAUCUAUACCACAUGGAAAGUUUUUGAAUGUUCCAUAGAGAUUUUUAUGUUUACUAAUUUAAUUGAUUGUCAAUUAUUAAUGUACAGUGAGUUCAAUAGGAGCAUGCCCAUUUAUUAGUAGUGGCUGCACUACUGCAUACUGAUGUUUUUUGCUGAGCUUUCCCAAAUCUGAGUUCUUCAUGAGUGUAUAAUUUUAUAGUAAAAUAACUUAUUAAAUCUUGUGCAAGUCUUAUUUACAUGAAGAUGCUAAUUAGGGGCGAAGCCAGAAUUUUAAAUUAGGGGGGCCAAAUAGUCGAUAUACUAGAAAAUAUUUACCAGUGUCGGUUAUUAGGCUAUUCGGGGUAGCCGACCGCCUAGGGCCCCGAGAGAUAAAAAGGCUUCAAAUAUUGAAUGGUAUUAUUUAGACCUUGUUCUGAGCAACACUUUUUAAGUAAUUUGUUUUCAAACAUUUUUAUAUUUGAAAUAAUAGUGUUACAAUACAUUUUGUCUU